CCCCCAAAAUCAAGCCUCUAUUGUGCAAACGAAUCGCAGCCGUCAAUCCCUCUCAUCAGCCGCCCCAUAUCAUCACCGCAGUAAUACAGUAAAGGGGCUCCAUUUCAAAACCCUUCCCUUCCAUUCUUCCUCCUCCCUAAUUUUAUUUUUAUUUCACAAAAACCAAAUUUAUGUAUUUAAAUAUAAUUCAUUUUCACUGCAUAUAUAUAUUUACCCUCAGCUAGAUCGAUACAUACACUCUCGUAUACGUAUUUCUUUUUCCGGAUCUGAGCCUCGUCGGAACACGCCGGCGCUUAAACCCCCGCGCUCCGCCUCCGGAAAACCCUAGGACGCUCCGCCGACCUUCUUUUCGUUUCUGCUUUUCGGCUCCUCUAGAUCCUCCCAGUCACUGUUUUCGUUUUCUGGCGGGAUUUUAUUGUGCUAUUUUCGCUUUUUUGAGUGUGGAGAGGGCGUUUUUGGGUUUUAAUUAUGAGAUAGGUAUAUCGAUAGUCAUGGCCUCGAAGGGUCCAAGGUCUAAACUUGACCAUGAAUCACGGGCUAAGCGGCAGAAGGCCCUUGAAGCUCCAAAAGAACCUCAACGUCCUAAAGCACAUUGGGAUCAUGUCCUGGAAGAGAUGGUCUGGUUGUCAAAGGACUUUGAGUCGGAGAGGAAAUGGAAGCUGGCACAGGCAAAGAAAGUUGCUAUACGAGCCAGCAAGGGCAUGCUUGAUCAGGCAACAAGAGGGGAGAAGAGAGUCAAGGAAGAGGAGCAAAAGUUGAGAAAAGUUGCCCUCAAUAUUUCGAAGGAUGUAAAAAAAUUCUGGAUAAAAAUAGAGAAGCUGGUGUUAUACAAGCAUCAGUUGGAGCUUGAUGUGAAAAAGAAGAAAGCUCUUGAUAAACAGCUUGAGUUCCUUCUUGGACAAACUGAAAGGUACUCAUCAAUGCUGGCUGAAAAUCUUGUCAAUCCACUGAGUCUUUGCAAACCAUCUUACUUGUGCAAUGCUGAGGCAAAUCCGAGUACUUCUGGGAGAAGAGCUGAUGAAUCAGAUAAUGGAUCCCAGUCAGAUAUCAAAGCUGUAGAUGAAGACUAUGAUUUGCAAUCCACCGAAGAAUCUGAAGAUGAUGAGCGUACUGUUGAUGCGGAUGAGGCUCUCAUCACUAAAGAGGAGCGGGAUGAGGAGUUGGCAGCAUUACAAAGUGAAGUCGAUUUACCUCUGGAGGAGAUACUGAAACGUUAUGCAGCCCAUGAAGGCAGCAGAGAAAAAAGUCCCCAGAAGGAUGAUGAUAAGCCUGGGACAACUGGGCAUAAUGAACUUAAUGGAAAAGAAGAUUCCAUGGGAGAUGCCCUUGUGAUAGAGGAAGGCAACUCGCCUGUGAAAUCUGGUCGUCGUUGUGUUGAAAGUAAUGGUAUUUUGUCUGCACCAGAAAACCAUUGUCCGGAGGUGGCUGAAAAUCACAAGAGAAGUUCUUCGAAAAAACUUCUUGAGUCAGAGAAGAAGCAGAUCUCACAUGAGUUCAAUGACGAACAAGAAGAUGAUGAUUUUGUACUCUCAGCAAGGGAAGAAAAUGAAUAUGACAUGGAUGACGAAACAACUCUCAUGGAGGAAGAAGAAUUAGCAAAUGCAGAAAAAAUCAAUACUGCAGACGAGAUUGCACUUCUCCAGAAGGAAAGUGAAGUUCCUAUAGAGGAAUUGCUUGCAAGGUAUAAGAAGGAUUGUGACAGUGGAGAUGUAGAUGACGACUCUAGAUCCUUGUCUACUUCUGGUUCUGAAGAGUUAUUGGAUUCACCAGAACAUAGGAUGUCUAACCUUAUACAGCCUGAUUAUGGGUCAAAUGGAUUGGAGCCAGAUAUAUGCUCGCAUCCAGAAGAAGAAGCUGAAUGUUCAGGAAAAUCUGGAGAAGAGACACAAAGUGAAAAUAUAAUUGCUGAUGCAGCAGCAGCUGCCAGGUCAGCACAACCAACUGGAAAUACAUUCUCAACGACAAAGGUGCGAACAAAGUUCCCUUUUCUUCUAAAGUUUCCCCUGCGUGAGUAUCAGCAUAUUGGUUUGGAUUGGCUUGUGACCAUGUAUGAGAAGAGACUGAAUGGAAUACUUGCUGAUGAGAUGGGGUUGGGUAAGACGAUUAUGACCAUUGCACUGCUUGCUCACUUGGCUUGUGAGAAAGGAAUUUGGGGUCCACAUCUCAUUGUCGUUCCAACUAGUGUCAUGCUCAAUUGGGAGACUGAGUUUCUUAAAUGGUGUCCUGCUUUCAAAAUAUUGACAUACUUUGGAAGUGCAAAAGAGCGGAGAAUAAAGAGGCAAGGAUGGUUGAAACCUAAUUCAUUUCAUGUUUGCAUUACUACUUAUAGACUCGUCAUCCAGGAUUCAAAGGUUUUCAAGAGGAAGAAGUGGAAGUACCUUAUUUUGGACGAAGCUCAUCUAAUAAAGAAUUGGAAGUCACAAAGGUGGCAGACAUUACUCAAUUUUAACUCCAAGAGGCGCAUUCUACUUACUGGUACACCAUUACAGAAUGAUCUUAUGGAACUGUGGUCUCUGAUGCAUUUCUUGAUGCCACAUAUUUUUCAGUCUCACCAAGAAUUUAAGGAUUGGUUCAGUAAUCCUAUAUCCGUCAUGGUAGAGGGACAAGAAAAAGUAAACAAAGAAGUAGUUGACCGGCUGCAUAAUGUACUCCGUCCCUUCUUACUUCGCCGAUUGAAAAGGGAUGUCGAGAAACAGCUUCCUUCGAAGCAUGAACAUAUUAUAUGUUGUAGGCUGUCAAGGAGGCAGCGUAACUUAUAUGAGGACUUUAUUGCUAGCUCCGAGACUCAGGCUACCCUAGCUAAUGGUAAUUUUUUUGGAAUGAUCAGUGUUAUUAUGCAACUUCGUAAAGUUUGCAAUCAUCCCGAUCUAUUUGAAGGCCGUCCAAUUGUAAGUUCUUUUGAUAUGCGUGGUAUAGACAUGCAACUUAGCUCUUCUGUUUGCUCAAUGCUUGCCCCUGGGCCAUUUGCAUCUGUUGAUCUUAAUGGCUUAGGAUUCGUCUUCUCUCAUCUGGAUUUCUUCAUGACAUCUUGGGAGAGUGAAGAAAUUCAAACUAUUGCUACACCUUCAAGCUUGAUUCAGCAACGUGUAAACCUGUCUAGUUUGGAGGAUAAUUGGGUCAGAUGCAAGACAAAUAAUAACAGGCAUUCAACAAAUAUAUUUGAUGAGAUUCAGAAGGCACUAUUGGAUGAGAGGUUGAGAGAAAUGAAAGAUCGUGCUGCAGCUGUUUCAUGGUGGAAUAAUAUAAGGUGCAGAAGAAAACCCAUUUAUGCCACUGGCCUCAGGGAGCUUGUCAGUGUCAAGCAUCCUGUCCACGAUAUUCAUCAUCAGAAACACAAUCCUUUGUCAUAUCUGUAUUCAUCCAAGCUUUCUGAUAUUGUACUUUCCCCAGUUGAAAGAUUUGAAAAGAUGGCUGAUCAGGUUGGAAGUUUCAUGUUUGCAAUACCUGCUGCGCGUGCACCACCCCCAGUUUCCUGGUGCAGUAAGGGUGGAUCACCUGUGUUUAUUCACCAAACGUCCAAAGAGAGAUGGUCACAACUUUUUUCCCCUCUUCUUACUCCAUUUAGGCCUGCUAUUGUCCGGAGGCAAGUUUACUUUCCAGAUAGAAGACUUAUCCAGUUUGACUGUGGUAAGCUGCAGGAGCUUGCAGUUCUGCUCCGGCGACUUAAAUCAGAGGGUCAUAGGGCUCUGAUAUUCACCCAAAUGACAAAGAUGCUUGAUGUUUUAGAGGCAUUCAUCAAUCUUUAUGGAUAUACUUACAUGCGUCUAGAUGGUUCUACUCCGCCUGAAGAGAGGCAGACACUCAUGCAGAGGUUUAAUACAAACCCCAAGAUAUUUCUUUUUAUUUUGUCAACACGGAGUGGAGGUGUAGGCAUCAACCUAGUUGGGGCAGACACUGUGAUUUUCUACGAUAGUGACUGGAAUCCUGCUAUGGAUCAACAGGCACAAGAUAGGUGUCACAGGAUAGGUCAGACACGUGAGGUUCACAUAUAUAGGUUGAUAAGUGAGAGCACAAUCGAAGAGAAUAUUCUGAAAAAGGCCAAUCAGAAGCGGGCUUUGGAUGAUUUAGUUAUACAAAGUGGAAGCUACAAUACAGAAUUCUUUAAGAAGCUGGAUCCAACAGAAUUGUUUUCGGGCCAUGGAACAGUUUCCCAAAAGGAUACACUACUAGACAAAACAUCCAAGAAUGGUGGUGAGGUAACAUUAUCUUGUGUGGAUUUGGAAGCUGCCUUAAAGAAUGCUGAAGAUGAGGCAGACUACAUGGCGCUGAAGAAAGUGGAAGAAGAAGAGGCUGUAGAUAAUCAAGAGUUCACUGAAGAAGCAGUUGGCAAGUUGGAGGACGAUGAGCUAGCCAAUGAAGAGGAAAUGAAGCCUGAUGGUCCUGCUGAACAGCCUGCUUUGAAUGUGAAAUCAGAUGAGGGCAAUGUUGUGAGUGAAAGCCAUCCAGUUGAAGAAGGAGCCCUUGCUAUCCAGAAUAAUGAAGAUGAUGUUGAUAUGCUGGCUGACGUCAAACAGAUGGCCGCAGCUGCAGCUGCAGCUGGGCAGGCUAUCUUGUCUUUCGAGAAUCAGUUACGCCCCAUUGAUCGAUAUGCAGUACGCUUUCUUGAGUUGUGGGACCCUAUUAUUGACAAGACUGCAGUUGAGCCUAAUACUCAAGUCGAGGAAGCUGAAUGGGAGCUGGAGCGCAUUGAGAAGUUAAAGGAUGAUAUGGAGGCCGAGAUUGAUGAUGAUGAAGAACCGUUGGUGUAUGAAAGUUGGGAUGCUGAUUUUGCAACUGAAGUAUAUAAACAACAAGUUGAAGCUCUAGCACAACACAAGCUGAUGGAAGAUCUGGAACGGGAAGCCCAGGAGAAAGAGGCUUUAGAAUGUGGUUAUUCAGACUCUCAAAGGGAUUUCGUUACUCCAAAACCAAAACCGAAGAAGAAAGGCAAAAAGGCCAAGUUCAAAUCCUUGAAGAAAGGGGCUCUAGUUUCGAAGUCCAUAUCUAUAAAAGAAGAGUCAUCAAUAGAACAUAUGUCUAUUGAUGAUGAUUUAAUAUAUGAUGACACCCCCACAUCUUCAGAUGCUUUAUCUCCCUGCUCAACUCAAGAGAAGAAACGUAAACCUUCAGAUAAUGAAGAACAAAGAAGCAGAAAGAAGUCUAAAAAGCUGAAGGCUUCUGAAACUGGGAACAUUGUUUUGUAUCACAAAUCUCCUGGAAAGCAUCAAGAUGAACUUAAAGACUUGAAGAUUUGUGAUAAUGGUUACUUUGAUAAUGAAAAGCAAAUAAAUAGAAACAAGGCGCGAGGAAAGCUUUCUAUCCCCAUCAUGCCUCUGAAACGGAUUUUCACAAUAAAACCAGAAAAGUUAAAAAAGAAAGGAAACAUUUGGUCUAAGGAUUUCCUCCCUUCUCCUGAUAUUUGGUCACCAAAGGAAGAUGCCGCUUUAUGUGCAGCUAUCCAUGAGUAUGGUCCAAAUUGGAAUUUGGCAAGUGAAAUCUUGUAUGGAAUGAGUGAUGGUGGGUCUUACCGGGGCAGGUUUCGUCAUCCCGUCCAUUGCUCUGAGAGGCUUAGGGAACUAAUUCAAAGAUAUGUGUUAUCAGUUAACGAUGUUACAACUAAUGACAAAACUGUUGGCAUGGGUACAGGGAAGGGUCCUCUAAGAGUAACUGAGGAUAACAUCCGGGUAUUGCUUGGCAUCACUUCUGAUUUACCAGAUCACGAACCACUUCUUCAAAAGCAUUUCUUUUCGGUGCUCUCUGCUGCUUGGAGGAAUAUCUCACACUCCAGCCACAGUGGCAAUUCUCUAUUAUUUCAGAACAGAUUCUAUUCAUCCCAGGAGUUUUAUGCCUCUGCCAGCAGUAAGAAUUCCUUGGGAAAAUCACCAGAUAGGCUGGGAUUCUCUAAUUUGCCUCAGUGUGGGAAGUUAGUAGCCGCUGCUCUGAAUAGAAGCCGCAACAUUCAAACAGAUGACAGGCUAACUAUCACCAAUCCUUUGGAGGAUACCCCUAUAGAAAAGGAGAUAUUGGAUUUAACGCUUGAGCUUGAAACAGAUAGGGAUGAAGUUCUACCUCUUCCCUCGGUCGUUAAUGUGUCAAUUCUUGGUGCAGACCCAUCCACGUCUUUCAAGGAGCAUGCUGGUGAGGAUCGGCAAUUUAAAUCUUCCAGGGGCACAGUUGAGAGUCAAUUCAGAACUGCAUCAGCUGCACAAUUUGACAGUGGUUUUGGGGAAGAAUCACAAGGAUUAACAUUGGGCGAUAACAGGUCUUCAAAUUCGGGAAAAAACAAGCUCCCUGUUUCUGAGCCGGUCAAGCCUUCUAAAUCGAAAUCGAGAAGAGCAAGUAAAGAUCACACUGACUCGCAACAUUUGACUUCCACCGAAGUGUUCCAAAAUCUGCCAUUGAUGCCAACUGACCCCAGCCUGUCCUCCUUUUCUGAAAUUGGAUUCGACUCUGCCAGCCUGGUGGACAUGGAUGAAGGUUUAUCUCCAGACAUGACAGAGCUGGUCUCGUCAAACUAUGACCCGGAGUUGACGUCUGGGCUGGAUGACUUGUCAGAUUUUACUGAAUUCAUAGAAAUGGGGUAAUGAGCAGCAGGCAAAUGCAAAAGAAACGCCAUAAAGCUUCAAAUGGGAGAGUCGCCAUGUUUUUUGAACGGCUAUAUCUCAGGACCGAGAAACUCCCAGUCAAUGAAAGUGAGCCCGGCUCAAGGUUGUUGAGGUGUAAAUGCUGUGCUAUCGGGAAUAAUCAAAGAGAAAGAUAGACCUCGAUGAAUGACCUGCAAAUCGAAGUUCCUGGUGGUUGGGAGUUGGGGAAGAUGAAUGCCGACGACAUCGGAGGCCAUUUAUAGGAUUGUAGAAGUUCCAGCAGGAGAUAAUGAAUUUGUGAUAUGGUAGGGUGUAGGAUAGUAUUCUUGCAAGUGGUGUUUCUGCUGCUUAAUUUUUCUUCCUUGCA